CUCUGGCCUGCUCUCGUCGCCCCCAUGCCUCCAGUCUCUCCCUAGUCAGGCUGCCCGGUGCAUCCCGACGAUCGCGGCCUGGCGAUCGGGGCACGGCGGUUGCGGCGCUCGAGGGUGGUUCGCAAGGCACGGGGCGCGAAGCCAGACCUGCCCGGCGCUGCGGUUGGGGGGUGGGCAGUUCAGGACCGGCAUCGGCGGAGCCCCUAGAGGAGAGCAGGGGUAGGCAGGGGGUCGCCGAGGUAAUGGACAGGGCCUGGGCGCACGACUGCGAAGGGCGGGGGCUCCAGGCGCACUUUGGCCCUGGCCGGGCGCGCGACUGGACGCCUGAGGCGGCUGGAGAGCAGCUGGGCGGGGAGGGAGAGAGGGAGGAGACGGCUGGGCUGGGCCGGGGGCUUGGCCGACGGGGAGCAGGUGGGCGGGGACAGGGGCCCUGCUGGAGGAGACGCAGCAGCAGCAACGAGGUGGCGGGCUGCGUGAGCAAACAGGGCGGCCGCUCCUGGGCCCGGAGAACGGCAGCUGAGCCGCUGAAGCUGAGGCAGCAGCAUGGCAGUGUUUCUGGGAGCCAGGAAUGCUCACUCGGUCCUGAAACGGUUCCCUCGCGCCAAUGAGUUCCUGGAGGAGCUGCGCCAGGGCACCAUCGAGCGGGAGUGCAUGGAGGAGAUCUGCAGCUACGAGGAGGUCAAGGAGGUGUUUGAGAACAAAGAGAAAACGAUGGAGUUCUGGAAGGGGUAUCCCAAUGCCGUGUACUCGGUUCGGGACCCGUCGCAGAGCUCGGACGCCAUGUAUGUGGUGGUGCCCCUUUUGGGGGUGGCUCUGCUGAUCGUCAUUGCUUUGUUCAUCAUCUGGAGGUGCCAGCUGCAGAAGGCGACCCGCCAUCGCCCUUCGUAUGCACAGAACCGGUACCUGACCAGUCGCGCCGGGCACAGCCUGCCCCGGGUUAUGGUGUACAGGGGCACUGUGCACAGCCAGGGGGAGUGGUCAGGGCCCCGUGAGGCUGGGAGCAGCCCGCAUGGGGUGCAGGUGCCCAGUCGCGGGGGAAGAGCCACAGUCCGGCUGGAGAGCAGCCUCUGCCUCCCGGAGCUCUCUCUCUCCAGACUGUCCAGUGCCACCCCACCCCCAUCCUAUGAGGAAGUGACAGCACCCCGGGGGUGCAGCAGUGAGGAGGCCAGCGCCUCUUACAGUGACCCACCCCCCAAGUAUGAGGAGAUAGUGGCCACCAGCCCUGGUGCAGAGAAGUAGUGGGGCGCUGCUCUGGGCCACGCGAAGCCUCUGUCCGAGGCUUCCAAUCUCCUUCAGAACUUUCAAAAGACUGUGUCACCACAGAACAGCCUUAGCCUCCUUGUUGCCAAAUAAUUCCCCAACCGUGGAUGUUUAGAAAACCAGUUUUCAGAGACAGGUGGGAAGAGUUGGGGGCAGGAAAUGCGUGUGAGUCCAAGGCCCUCCGUUUGCACCCCCCCCCCACCCUGAAAGAGGUUCAGACCCAAGAGUCCAGCCCUUCCAAGAAGCCACCCAAUCAAGUGCUCCCAGCACAGUCUGGCUUCUUCUAUGCCAAAGGAAUUGCCUCCAUUGUGUUGCUUGUGGUUCAGGUUCAUGGCCAGUGGGGCUGUGUGGGCUGAGAACUUGUGGGUGUCUGGGUGCUUGGGCCAGGUGCUUAGGGAAGGAAUUUGCCCUUCAGCUCCCCUACUCCUCUGGGUUGUGCUUUCUGGCCUGGCCCACGUGGUGAGGAUUUGGGCAAGUACUGAGCAACAAAGCAAGUACUAACACAGAGACACAAAGAAGCACCACAGAGCAGAGCAGGACCACCUGGGCUUCACAGGAGGUCCUGGGCCAUAAACUGCACAGCUCUGGGGCUGGCUUUCCCUCCACAGCCCCCAGCUCCUCCUGACCAGGGGGAAAAACAGGCGGGG